AUGGCGUCCGAUUCCCCUUAUACAGUCUCCCCGACGGAUCGAAGUGGUCUGAUCAUUAUUGUCGAGACAUUGUUCAUGUCAUGGAUGAUCAUUGUGGGAUUAAUUCGGUUGUACAUGCGACUUGCAAUCAAUGGACCAGUGCAGAUUGACGAUUUGACGGUGUUUUUCGGAAGUGGACUAGCUGUCGCUCAUGUAGGAACAACCAUGGACGCAGUGAACCACGGCCUAGGCCGACCUCAAGAUGCAAGUUCGGAAUCGAGCUUAAAACGUGCUGGAGAGGGCCUUUAUGCAGCAAAUCUUUUGUUUUUAGCUGCACACGGAGCCUCCAAAAUCUCCGUAUGUCUGCUAUUGAAAAGACUAGGCCGACAACAAAAGUACCUCCUCGCCUCAAGGAUUCUUCUGGGAAUGGUAGUCGCAUGGACAAUCGCUUCAUUCUUAGCCAUUGCUCUCAGUUGCUACCCGGAAUACCUAUUGGAUCAAUCAGCCGUGGCGCAGAAAUGUGGAAAUCUCAAUAUAGCCUGGAAGUCCAUUACGGCGUUUGACGUGGUCACCGAUGUUCUCUCCUUUGGACUGAGUAUAUUCCUGGUGUGGGGUAUUCAGAUGCGGUGGAAGGAGAAGGCCACUGUGAUCUUUGCCUUUGGAACGAGGACGCCUACUAUUAUCUUGAUCAUCCUCCGGCAGGUCUACCUCAACGACGCACUUUAUCACCCUGAUCCACCUUUCCUUUUAUCCAACGCAACGAUCGCCACUGCCGUCCUCCUUCACUCCAGCCUCAUGGUCUCCACCGUGCCGUGCCUAAAACCUUUCGUGAUCGCAUUUAACACAGGCUGGGGACAAGGCGUUACCAACAGUCAUGGCGAGAACUCGUACUUCACUCCGACUGGAAAGAGCGGAUCAACCAAUCACUCUCGAAUCUAUACGACGAAUAUAGGAGACGAAGACGAUGCGAUUGAGGUAGAACAUGAGCGGGAUUCUCAGGAAAGUCAACACUCGCGACAGUUGAUUAUUCACCAAACGCAGGAGUGGACAUUACAAGAGGAGUAUGAGAUGGAGGCGGUUAAGGAUAGGAAUUGA